UGAACCAACACGAAAUGUAGACGCAAUUGAAACUCAUAGCACAUGAUUACAAAAAGCGCCUACAAUUAGUGAACACAGUGGUAAUAAGUGGCAAUCAAUCUGCCAAUCCAUGAAUUUGAAACAUGAGUAUAAAUUAACUGCCAAAAGAAUCAGAUCAAACAAUCCCAACAAAGUUUCUCUUCCCAUCUCAGAAAAUGAGUAGCUCACUCUCAAGAUUCUCAACUCUUCUUCUUUUUCUCCACGUUGCUUUACUCAUUGCACCGCCAACAACCCAAUUUUUUUUUCUUCCAUUAGCCAAAGGCAGUGAUCUGAUACAAACAACAUGCAAAAAAACACCCCACUAUAAUCUCUGCCUCUCAACCCUCCAAUCAAACCCCGACAGCUCAAACGCAGAUGUGCCGGGAUUGGCCCUGAUAGCAUCCGACGCUCUCCUGGCAAAUGCAAGUGACACACUGGACUACAUCCACGGCCUGCUGAAGCAAUCCCCGGAAGUACAUUUACAGAAGGCAUUGGCAAACUGUGCUGAGCUGUACAUCCCAAUUGUGAAGUUUAGCCUGCCGCAGGCAAUUGAAGCUUUGCGAAAUGGGCACUUUGGGUUUGCAAAGUAUGGGAUUUCUGAUGCUGCAAAGGAGGCUGAGGCAUGUGAGAAGGGUUUUGGAGGAGUUGAGUCUCCUCUCACUGAUAGGAAUGCUCUUGUGAAUGAUCUUUCUGGUGUGGCUGUCGCCAUUCUCAACUUAUUAAAGGGUUGAUUUUUCCCUAUCUUAUUAUUAGGAAAAUGAUAACCGCACGUUCAUUUUCUCCUUUUGCACAAUUUGGUUUUCUGUAUGUCUUCUUUGAUUUGCUCAAUUCAAAGGCCAACAAUAAAAAGGAGUGUGCAGAAGGAGAAAGAGUGCGGAAAUCACCUCUCUAGUAUUAUAGUUAGUGAGUAUUGUGUGAUGUUGCUUUUCUUCUGUAGUUUUUAUUUGUGAAAGUUUUCAGCUUUUUUGGCUUUAGAUACUUGUACUUGUAGCAGCUGUUUCAGCCACUGAAAUUAAGGUUUGUUCUCUUCA